AUGUUGAUUGGACACCUGCUCAAAUUCACAGAUGGGAGCCCAGAGGCCUUUCAAGCAAGCCAGCCAUACUCCAACCAACCUGGCAUGAACCAAGCCAAGUGGCGAGUGGCGUUGCGAGGCAGAGGAGGCUGCAGGCGAGCUAGGGAGAGAUCCGCAGAGGAGGACCUGAAGAGAUCUGCAGAGGAGGACCUGAAGAGAUCUGCAGAGGAGGACCUGAAGAGAUCUGCAGAGGAGGACCUGAAGAGAUCUGCAGAGGAGGACCUGAAGAGAUCCGCAGAGGAGGACCUGAAGAGAUCUGCAGAGGAGGACCUGAAGAGAUCUGCAGAGGAGGACCUGAAGAGAUCCGCAGAGGAGGACCUGAAGAGAUCCGCAGAGGAGGACCUGAAGAGAUCUGCAGAGGAGGACCUGAAGAGAUCCGCAGAGGAGGACCUGAAGAGAUCCGCAGAGGAGGACCUGAAGAGAUCCGCAGAGGAGGACCUGAAGAGAUCUGCAGAGGAGGACCUGAAGAGAUCCGCAGAGGAGGACCUGAAGAGAUCCGCAGAGGAGGACCUGAAGAGAUCUGCAGAGGAGGACCUGAAGCGAUCCGCAGAGGAGGACCUGAAGAGAUCCGCAGAGGAGGACCUGAAGAGAUCCGCAGAGGAGGACCUGAAGAGAUCCGCAGAGGAGGACCUGAAGAGAUCCGCAGAGGAGGACCUGAAGAGAUCCGCAGAGGAGGACCUGAAGAGAUCCGCAGAGGAGGACCUGAAGAGAUCCGCAGAGGAGGACCUGAAGAGAUCCGCAGAGGAGGACCUGAAGAGAUCCGCAGAGGAGGACCUGAAGAGAUCCGCAGAGGAGGACCUGAAGAGAUCUGCAGAGGAGAACCUGAAGAGAUCCGCAGAGGAGGACCUGAAGAGAUCUGCAGAGGAGGACCUGAAGAGAUCUGCAGAGGAGGACCUGAAGCGCAUGAGUAGGCUGACUUUCCAUCAACAAGAGAAGGCGUUGCAGAAACACACCCAUGUUGACCGUGUCACUGUUUUCUAA